UUAGAUGUUGUUCGUUCAUUGAAUUUAGCCAAAAUAGGCUCGUUAGCGCCCUCAUAAACCAUUCCACGUUCCAGUACCGUCGCUCGGGUUUUGCAGGUUUGUUUCGUUUGUAUUUUCCAGUUUAUGCAAAAUGCCACUUUACCAGACGCUUUUCGCCGUUGUUUUGGAUAUUGGACAAGCUUAUACUAAAGUUGGAUUUGCUGGCGAGUCAUCUCCAAGAGCUAUAAUUCCCACGUCGCUAAAGACCGAAGGCAUUGGAGAAGAGCCACUAAUUCCAGGAAUAGCAGAAAAUUCAGAAAUAAAUAAGUUACACCUCGGGACAAAAUUGAAAGCUUUCUUACAUCAUAUAUACUUCAAAUAUUUACAAAUCAGCCCCAAAGAUAGACGUGUUAUCGUCUGUGAAUCGUUACUAAAUCCUACAAUAUUUCGAGAAAUCAUUGCUGAUGUUCUGUUUACAAAUUUUGAGGUUCCAUCAGUAUUAUUUGCACCACACCAUCUACUCUCAUGUUUCACUGUUGCAGCAGACACAGCACUUGUGCUAGACUGUUCAGAAUAUGAAUCUUCUGCUUUACCUGUCAUCGAAGGAACACCUGUCAUAUGGGCCUGGCACGCUGCCCCUCUUGCAAGUAAUGCGAUUCAUAGACAAAUUCAUACAAUGAUUCAAGCUGGAGGUUUGAUUCAGAAAGAAAACGGCAAACCUGUGAAAUUAACUGAAGAUAUUCCACAUAAUGUUAUAGAAGAUAUAAAGGUCAAAUCGUGUUUUGUUGCUGGAUACGAACGAGCAAAGCAGAUUCAAGCGCACAGACUUGCCCAAUGGACGGCUGCAGCUAGUCAAGAAGGGGAGGGGGCUGCGACAACCGAGAAAAGACCAAGUCCACCACCUGACAUGGUUUAUCCUAUGGGGGGUCGAAAAUUGCUGAUGAUUCCAGGAAUAGUGAGAGAGGAGGCAGCAGAAGUCUUGUUUGAACAGGAUAACGAUCGUCUAUCUGUAGCAACAAUUGUUCUUGAUUCUAUAUUGAAAUGCCCACUCGAUUCAAGAAAGGAAUUGGCAAAAAAUCUCAUUGUAUCAGGUGGAACCUCCAUGCUUCCUGGUUUUCUCCAUAGACUUUUAUCAGAACUUCGUGAUUUAGUUGCAGAAGAAGAUAGAUAUCAGCAGCUCUCAGAGUGUGAGUUUCGUGUACACAAGACUCCUGUUCAUCCAAACUUAGUAUCCUGGCUGGGUGCUUCAGUCUAUGCUUGUCUAGAUACCUUUCCUAUCAAAUCUGUUACAAAAGAUUACUUCACACAGCAUAAAAAGAGAUUACCAGAUUGGUGUGUUCUUGAUCUUCAACCGCCAGAGCAAUUACCUGAACGACCUUCCAGUCUUUUAUCUGGUAUAAAAGGACUUUCACGUACUUCGAAGAUUGGGGCAACUUCAAUGACAUCACUCAAAACCAGUACUCGCACUUCAACUUCAUCAGCGUCGGCUGCACUCGCUUCGCUAAGACUCUCAAAAUCUGAUACAAAAUUAUCAUCGGCUGAGACUAAGAAAUAACAUAAUAACCAGUCUGAUUGUUCCAUACGCUAUCAAUGUUGGAAAUUUUUCCUCACCGGUCACCGCUUUAUUGCACAACAGAAGGCUAGUUGUUACAAAGACAAAGGCAAUGGUUUUUGCAACCUCUCAGCUAAUUCCAGCUGAUGUGCCCAGAAGGCCUUCUUAAAUUCCUCAUGUCAUCUGUUAUUCGAGUCAUUAAGUAACCUAAACUUACACCAUACUUUCAUAAAUAUUUUCAGGGUUUCCAAUAUGUGAUAUUUCGAUUUAAACAUUCGGCACAUCGUUCUCAUUAGUAAUGGUACCGAGUUCUCAGUUGUUCACAAAUUAGAUUCCUUUUCCGUAAAUUUCUUGACCGGAAAUAUUUCCUAGAACAUUACCAAGUUUCUAACCAUGUGACGGUAUAUAUAUAUAUAUACGAUAAUGACUUCUCCUUGAAAGUCAGUGUUUGAAAUUCCCCCGUUGCCUGAGUUUCCUGUGAGAUCCCAUUACCUAGUUCUAUACAAAGAUUUUUGGCGGUAAAUAAAGUUCGUUGGAGGGUAACAGAUCCACACUUUGACCCCAUACUUGUUAUGUUUCUACUGCAUGUAAUUGUUACAUAUCAUGUUGCAUGUCUGGUUCUUUAAUAAUAUUGACAAUUAGUAGAGUAUAUAUAUUAAUGUUCUCAUAUGCGUUAUUAUGUUGAAUACUCAUUUGUAUUCAAAUGCUUUCAAUUCGUAUGCUUUUACGAGAUUAUUUUGAUAGGGUUAUAACGAUUUCUGUGAACUCCAUGAGUUCCCGAGCACAUUUCUGCUAGGGUACUCCCGUAGUGUGUACGAGGUUAGGGAUAAGGCAUAAUUUCAUUCCGAUUUUCCUUAUUUUAGUUCGAUUAAGAGUCUGGAGACUGUCUGUGUUAGCCAAGUAAAUAUAUCCCCUGCCCAUAGAUUUCAGUCCCUUUACACAACUUGAUGUAAAGUAUGCAAACAAAAUUAGUUACCUCCAUAUUGGUAUACUUACUUCUGGAACGCCCUCUUCUACAUCUCUGUAUAGCUGAAAUAGACCUAUAAUAGGUCGGUGUUCAGUACUAUUUUCAAAAUGCUUUGCCACUGCUGAAAUGCAAUGGUAAAUUCAAAUCUUUAAAAACUGGUUCUCUCUUUUUUCAAUGUGUCGCAACGUAAGCUAUAAAAUACGUUAACAAGCUUUACAUAAAUCUAAUACAUAACUUUCGAAACGUCAAGUAGGCCUACAACGCUGGUCGCCAGCCGUGGUGCACGCUGCCCAUUUACUGCAGUCUUCUAACGUCUAAAACAGGGGUCUCCAACUCAAAAUAGGUCACGGGCCACUAUUUGGACUUUAUUGGCGUCGCGGGCCGCAAACUAACAAAUUAGGUACAAAAUGAUACAACGAAAGAAAUGUUUUUGUUAAAAUUACACUUGAAUUGACUUCAACCUAACGAGACAUGAAGCAUUGCGUUGGUUUGUUAGUCUUAAGAUAGCAUGCAAAUGCUCUCCGGUUAGUAGUGUGCGAAAGGCUGAUUUGUUAACUUUAAUUGUUGAAAAAAAUAGCUGAUGUUACUCCACAAGCCAUUAAAAUACACUCUUUAAGAAAAGUCCUAUUGCUAUAUGCUUUAACGGCACUUAUGCAGAAUUAUUGAUUGAUAGCUGCAGACUUCAAUGAUCUGACCGAAACAUGUUUAUUUCGUCAUAAUAAAGAUGAAAAAUAGAA